GAUCUGGCAACCCCAGGGAAGCCAAUCCCUCUCAGCUGCAAUGGCUUACUAGUUUGGAGAAGAAGCGCAAACGCAGUGCACUCGCUCUCUGAGUGAUUAAAGCCGGACAAAAAGCACCGAGAGACGUUUGGGAGGAUUACUACUGUACCAGAGAAGUGUGCAGAGAAGCAGGAGAGGGAGUUUUGGAGGGGAAUCGGAGGAUUUGGGGCUCGGAUGUGCGCCUGGAUCAACCUGUUGGACUUGAGCAGGAGAGGAAGGAGAAGGAGAAGGAGUAGCUCUUCAUUUCUCAGUGUGGAGGUGAUGCUGGAGCUGAACCUCACUGCACUUUAACCUUUAACUGGCCUUUCACACUGUAGAGGCACCAUGCACGUGUCUCUGGCCGAGGCUCUGCAGGUUCGAGGAGGUCCACUGCAGGAGGAGGAAGUGUGGGCCGUGCUGAACCAGAGUGCCGAGAGUCUUCAGGAACUCAUGCGCAGAGACCCGACUGCCCUGGGUUUCAUCAUCUCGCCGUGGUCUCUGCUUCUCAUGCCUUCCGGAAACAUCUCAUUCACGGAUGAGAAUGUGACUCAGCAGGACCUGAGAGCGUUCACCGCCCCGGAAGUGCUCGAGGGCCUCAAUUUGUCCUCGCUCUCUGAUAUAGAGAAGAUGCACAUGUACUCACUGGGUAUGACUCUGUUUUGGGGAGCGGACUAUGAGAUUCCUCAAAGCCAGCCGAUGAAGCUGAGUGAGCACCUGAACAAUAUUCUGCUGAAGAUGUGUGAGGACUCGACGCUGACGCGCCUCUCUGUGCGCUCUCUCCUGGACGUCUGCAGCACACACGUCCGUAACUCCACGUGCGAUCCUUCCUUUUCGUACGUGCGUAAACUGGUGCGUCUGGUGCUCGGCAGUCUGUCUCAGCUGGAUGGUUUGCUGUCCCAAACUGAGAGGGACUCCCUGCCUGAGAGGAGUAAAGAGAUUCGGGAGAGAUUGCGUGGUAAAGGCUUGCCUGCAGGUCGUAGCGCGGCCCAUCGCGUCCUGGAGCGCUACCGAGCUCGCUCUCAGGAGCAGGCCGCUCUGAACCGAGGCCUGAGCCGCUCCAUGGGCUCUCUGCCCACUCGCGACGAAACCAUCCAGCAGACCCCGCCUCCAUCCGAGACCUCUUCCGAACCAUUUGCACGACAACAAAAGGUUAAAGGUCAGUUGCAGGAGCCGGACCGCCGAUCGCUGCCCCACCACAGGAAGAAGAACUGGGCGUCGUCCGUAGAUUUAGCCUACUUGGACCCGGAAUUGCUGCGUUUCGGUGCGCUGGAAGACGCCCGGCGGGGAAGCAGCGCCCUCAGUAACCGCUCCUCCAGCAGGCUGAAGUCGGCCGCAAGGGUCCGAGAUGUGCCUUACGGAGAUUUUGAAGGCUUGGAGGUCAGGAAGGGUCAUCAUCGCUCAGCACAGUCGGUGGGCGGAGCUUAUGAUAAACUUCGAGAGAGACACAAGAAGUUGCACGCACUCAGUCAGGCCAUGGACGACCCUAUGCACACACACAGGAGUUAUCAGAGUGACUACAGCUCAUCCAGUGAGAGUCCAUCAGUAACAUCAUCAGACCCAGACUACAGACAUGCUAAAAGGCCGGAUGAGCUGAGGCGCUUCAGUUCACAAGUGGGACUGUCUGAGAACGACGGCAUGCCACAGAGACACAGGCUGUAUGAUGUCGGGCAGGAGGAGGCGUUCAGGACGGAGUUGCUGAUGUCCAGGCCGGAGGACGGGAUGCGGAGACUGCAGUCCCAACUCUCCCGCUCCAGCCUUUACGCCGGAGACGAGCCACGCGCUUCCAUUAACGACCUGCGGGAGGCGAUGAAGAGCAGCAUGAUGGACAUCAGCAGCCUUCAGAGUCGCAAAGCCAAGAAUUUUUUCGGUCCUGAGUUUGCGAAGAUGUCCACUGAGCCGUGCGUGGUUCUGAACGUUCCCUCUUCCAUAAUGAAUAAGCGCGGGAAGGUGGAGGAGAGCCAGCGGAAGGUAUUUGUGGUGCUGCUGAACGGUCAGAAGCUGGAGGUGAGCUGUGACGUGAAGGCCGUGUGUAAGGACGUGUUGGACAUGGUGAUCGCACACGUGGGUCUGGUGGAGCAUCACCUCUUUGGCCUGGCUUACCUUAAAGAUGACGAGUUCUUCUUCAUCGACUCUGACGCCAGAAUCUCGAAGGUGGCUCCAGAUGGCUGGAAAGACGAUCCAAAAAAAAGGAAAACAGAAAUCAACUUCACUUUAUUCCUUCGCAUCAAGUUCUUCCACGAUGAUGUCAGCUUCAUCCAGCACCCCAUGACCAAGCACCAGUACUACUUGCAGUUGCGGAAGGAUAUUUUGGAGGAGCGAAUGCGUUGCAGCAUGGAGAACGCGAUGAUUUUGGCCUCCCUGGCGCUGCAGGCUGAGAUCGGCGACUAUCAGCCCGAGCUCCAUGGAAAGACGUAUUUCAGGACGGAGCAUUACCUUCCUGCUAAUAUUAUGGAGAAGCUGGACCAAAGCUCCAUGAAAGAGGAACUCUCCAAACUGCACAGCAACUACUACGGAGCCAAAGAGGACGAAGCCGAGUUCGAGUUCCUUAAGGUGAGUCAGCGGCUGACGGAGUAUGGCGUUCACUUCCACCGCGUGCUGCCUGAGAAAAGAUCUCAGACAGGAAUCCAGAUGGGCGUCUGCUCCAAAGGCAUCCAGAUCUUCGAGGUGCUGAACGGAAACCGAACCCCGGCGCUGAGGUUCCCCUGGAGAGAGACCAAGAAGAGCUCCUUCACCAAAAAGAAGAUUUGUCUGCAGAACUCAUCAGAUGGGAUCAAACACGUGUUCCAGACAGACAGUCAGAAGACGUGUCAGUAUCUGCUCCAGCUGUGCUUAGAGCAGUACAAAUUCCACCAGCAGAUGAAAACACGGCAGAGCAACCAGGAGCAGCAGGAGCUCGAAAACUCUCCUCUGAACAUGCUGCAGUACCCUGUGGGUCCUGAAAGCCUGGGCCGGGCCGUUAGCUUAGCCAGCCUAGCAGCUAGCGCUACAAUGAGCACCCGCUCCAACCCAGACAGCCUGAAGAGGAUGUCGAGCUCAGAGGAACGAGCUUUUCCUGCCUUCAGCACAAACUCCAGCUCCAGGAUGAAGAGCCGCUCUCAUCACAACCUGGGCGAGCUGCCCGAGUCUCCCGAGCACCGGGGGGCACCGUUCACCUCCGUACACCACCGCGCUAGCUCCGAUACCGACUCCAUCACUGUUCAUGGACAGCAGGAGAGGUCCAUGAGCCACCCUGACACUCCGAACUGGAGCUCGAAAAACCUAACGAAGGAUUCAGACACGUCGUCCUGUGAGGAGAGCGGAGCGCCGUAUGUCGAAGGUGUUAGCAUGCAUGGCUCGGACUUAUCUUCUACCCCAGUCUCAUCAGUAGGAAUUACUGAUUCCCUGAAGAAAAAGUUGGACAUGUUGCCUUCCCCUGAGCGUGAAAAUAAAAGCGUCAGUCUGAAGAAGGACGUGAAGUAUGGCCUGGGCUUUCAGAUCAGUGGAGGAGAGAGUGCAGGCCGGAUGGAUCUGGGCACCAUCAUCAGCUCCAUCACUCCAGGGGGACCUGCUGACGUCGAUGGACGCCUGAAACCAGGUGACCGGCUGCUCAAAGUGAACAAUGUCAGUGUUGAAGGUCUUUCUCACGAGGAAACUGUGGAGAUCUUGCAGAGCUCUCCAGAUGAUGUCACACUGCUGGUGUCACAGCCUAAAGAGCCACUGUUUGCAGACUCUCCUUCAGAUCUCUCCCACUACAAAGACAAGUCGAGACAGGAAGUAGACGUGGAUUCUUCCUCCGAGGAACUGGCUCAUACCUUCCCUCCUUUCUUCGGUAAGAACGUAGCAGGAAGCUUCCCACAGACACAACUCAACGGCGUGCACCAGAAAGAUGAAAGCGGGGCUGACUCCACCCCUCCAGCGCUGCCCCCCAAAACCAGGAAACCCAAAGGUCCUGAGGCCCCGAAAGAGCCGGAGAUCUCGGACAGAGGCGACUCGGACAUGGACGAGGACACACACUCGAGUAACCAGGACAAGCAAAAGUCUAUGAAGGACGUCUCCGUCAUGGACGGAUUAAGUGGUAGUGGCCCAGCAGUCAAUAGUCUCCAGCCCGGAGAUCUAUUUGACGUUGAGCUGUCCAAAAUAGACAGCAGUCUGGGCAUUAGUGUCACGGUACUGUUCGGAAAGGGCGGCUCCAAUACGUCAGUCAGGCACGGCGGGAUCUACGUCAAAGGGAUCGUCCCUAAAGGUGCAGCCGAGCUGGAUGGGAGGAUCAAGAAAGGAGACCGUGUGGUGGCUGUGAAUGGGAAAAGUCUGGAAGGAGCCACUCAUAAGGAGGCGGUGGAGGCUCUGAGAGACACAGGACAGGUGGUCCAUCUGUUGUUGGAGAGAGGACAGCUCCCGGAGGACAGAGUUCACGCUCCUCUCACCCCUCAGGGCACUUCAAUGGUCCGAGACACCAGACCUCAACUUCGGAGUGCGGUGAGAAAACCCCAGGCAGAGUACAGCUUCAUCACACCAGAUAACGUGUUUGAGGUGAGCUUGCUGAAGAACACCUCUGGUCUCGGGUUCAGCUUCAGCCGUGAGGAGAAUGUUCCGGAUGAGCCGCUCGGUACCAGCAUGGUCCGGGUCAAGAAGCUGUUCCCCGGCCAGCCGGCUGCCGAGAGCGGUCUGAUCCGAGUGGGCGACGUCAUCCUGCGUGUCAAUCAAACGUCACUCAAAGGGCUGACGCAGCACGAGGUGAUCUCGGCUUUAAGAGGGACGGGUCAGGACGUGACGUUGCUGCUGUGCAGACCUGAAGCAGGAGUUCUUCCUGACAUGGAUUCCUCUAACCAAACCUCCACCCCGUCCCCCCGUAAGGAACCUCCUCCGAAGCCAAAACUUGCCCCGAAACCGGCGCCUCCCCCUCAGGAGGAGAAAGCGAAUCCUUUGGGCAUCGUGGAACAGGCUCUGGAGAGGAUGCUGAUGAAGUCGCCAAGCCGCAGAGACAGCUACAGUGACAGCACUGAUGAGGAGGGAGAGGAGGAGGAGGGGGAGGAGGGCUUCAGUCCUGCAGGUCAGAGCGAGCCCGCCUGGGAGAUGGACGACACCAUCCGCUCGGCCUACGUCAGCACCAGCCAGUCCGCCGACAGGCCCGAGACCAGCAGGAGGCCUCCUCCCUCGUCCCCUCUUCUCUCAUCUCCAGCUCUUCCUGAAGCAGGCCUCCUAAACCCCAGUUCUCACCCUUUGCCCCCUGCUCUUCCCACCCCCCUCAACCUCACACUUCCAGAGCAAAGUCCAGACACAGAUGACUACCUGCCUGAAGUGGAGCUCAAGAUCUCUCUGGUGAAGUCAGAAAAAGGAAGCUUGGGCUUCACGCUGACUAAAGGAAAUGACCACAACUGCUACAUCCAUGACAUCAUCCAAGACCCCGCUAAAGGCGACGGCAGACUUCGGCCUGGCGAUCGCAUGAUAAUGGUGAAUAACACUGAUGUUUCUGGUAUGAGUCACACCGAGGUGGUAAACCUCGUCCGAGCCGCACCGCGAGUGGUCGAUCUGGUCGUGGGACGAGUCCUGGAACCCCCUAAACCACCAAUAGAUGCCCACCUUCUGCCUGACAUCACCUUCCAGUGCCCCACUGACUCGCUGGGUCUGGUGCUGGAUGGAGGUAAGGACAGCGAGUUUGGUGUCCUCUAUGUGAAGGACAUCGUCCCAGGAUCGAUGGCCGCCACAGAAGGAACUCUAAGAAAACUGGACCUCAUUCACUACAUUAACGGAGCACCGACAAACGAGCUGAUGCUCGGCGAGAGCCGCCGACUUCUGCAGCUCAAACCGCAAGAGCUUACUCUCAAAGCCACCAGGGACGGGAAACCUGUGUGUCCAAAGAAGGAGAGAAUCUCGAUCCUGAACAACAACGUCAGCUCAAAAACCAACACAUCGAGUAUGAACGGUUAUCUUCAUAGUAAUGAUCAUGACUUGGAAGCCAUCUGUCCCUCUGAGGAGCAGAUCAUCAGGCUGCAGUUGGAGAAGCCUCCAGCCGGCAGUCUGGGUUUCUCCGUCAUCGGAGGAGAGAGAGGCAUUUUCGUGAAGUCUAUCACUCCUGGAGGCGCAGCGCACACUGACGCCACGUUACAAGUCGGGGAUCGUCUGCUUAAAGUGAAUGAUGAGCUGAUGACUGGUGUGUCACAUUCCAAAGCAGUCACCACCAUCCGGAAAGCUAAAGGUGUCGUUCACCUCGUAGUGUCUCGACCUCCUGAUCAGACCCCCAGCACGUACCUGGGCUUCCUGCCUCUGAGCUCAAGCAACGGUAACACAGAUGUGAGUGAAGACAGUGGAGUGAAAACAAAACUCUGUAGUUCACCAGAGGCACGAAAAUCCAAAAGUCCACCUGCACUUCCACCUAUAGAUUAUGACUCUGUAGAGAAAAGACUAGAAGCUGAGGAGUCUGAAGACACAGACUGUGACGGUUCUUCUCUCCCAGAAGAUUCUCCAGAGACAACAAGGAGGACAGAAUGGAAAGAGGACACCGUGGACAGCCCACAGAACGACAGUUACCUGCACUCGUCUUCGGGACAGCUGGACGAGGACGAGCUCACGUGGGGCAGCGAUGAACUCCCCAUUGAUAACAUCAACUCCAAAUUCACUGGAGAUGGACCGAUCAUCACGGAGGAGGAGCUGACCUCACUGCCCCUGGUCAAAGUGGUUCCCAACGGCCAGUACACUGGGCCGAAGCUCAACUCCGUGGUGAGGAUGAUGAGAGGACUGCUGGAGCAGAAGGUCCCCUUACAGGAGUUUGAGAAUCUGCAGAAUUUACAGCCGCUGGACGACUGUUUGAUUGGACAGACGCAGGAAAACAAGAAGAAAAACCGUUACAAAAACAUAGUGCCCUUUGACACUACGAGAGUGACCCUGGGCAAAGACGGCGGCUACAUCAACGCCAACUUCAUCAAGAUGCCCGUGAAGGACGAGAGCUUUCUGUACAUUGCGUGCCAGGGUCCACUUCCCACCACGCUGGCAGAUUUCUGGCAGAUGGUCUGGGAGCAGAAGUCCAACGUUAUCGCCAUGAUGACCCAGGAGGUGGAGGGAGGAAAGGUGAAAUGUCAGCGGUACUGGCCCGACACGCCGCACACGCCGCAGAUGGUGGACGACAAGCUGCAGAUCACGCUGGUCAAAGAUCAGCACCUGGACAACUUCAUCAUCCGUCUUAUAGAGGUCAAGGACGUCCAGACGAACGAAAUCCAGAGAGUCACACACCUGAACUACACGGGCUGGCCCGAUCACGGCACUCCCAUGCAGCCUGAACAGCUCCUGACCUUCAUUUCCUACAUGAGACACAUCCACCAAUCAGGGCCCAUCAUCACCCACUGCAGCGCCGGGAUUGGCCGAUCAGGAACGCUCAUCUGCAUAGACGUCGUUCUUGGUUUAAUCAGCAAAGACACGGAUUUUGACAUCUCGGAUGUGGUGAGGACAAUGAGACUGCAAAGACAAGGCAUGGUGCAGACUGAGGAACAAUAUAUUUUCUGCUACCAAGUCAUCCUGUACGUGCUCAGAUGUCUGCAGGCUGAGGAGAAGAUGUCAGGAUAGAGACGUGGCCUCACUUCGCCGUGUUCCUGUUCUCAAACCUGAAACCACCAGCAAGAACCUUUUCACACCUCCUCAGUUCAAAAGAAAAUAUUAAAGAUUAUGGGGUUUUUUUGUACAUUCCUGUCGCUUCCAUUCCCUCCUGCUGAGCGCUCCUUCUCAAGACACAUCAGCAAAAACCAUUGAUUUUAUAAAGUUCUUUUCUCCACUACUUUUUUAUGGAUCUUUUACUGAUGAUAAGAGCAAAUAAAUUCCUAUUUUAAGUGUAUUUUAUUGCUGCCUCGACAGAAUACGAUGACAGUAUUUGCUUUGUAAAUCUUUUCCCAGUCGCUGAGUGCCAGUGAUGGUCACUGAAAUGAAAGUGUACAUAUUUAGCUCCCGACAGUUGUGGAUACGAUGUUUAAGUUGUUACAUACUGGACAAUUUGCAAUUUGUAAAUAAAAGAGUAUCGUGCCUUUAAA